GAAUAAGGGGAAGGGAGAGACUCGCGCCUUGGCUAGAAGAUGGCUUCCAGCGGCGGUUGCGGCAGCAACGGCAGCGACGCGGUGGUGAUCGUGGAGCCGAGUCCGAGUCCGAGUCCCAGCCAGAGUCCGAGCCUCGGCUUCAGGCUCGGCGAGAGCGACGAGGGUGGCUACGCCGGGCACGCCGGCGACGUGCCCCUCUGGAAGCGCGAGCUCAUACAGCGACGCAGGCAGCUGGGCAAGACGGUGAUUAGGGCGGACAGCGCCGCUUCCACUUCCACCGCGACGGCGCUCGCCGGGGCCCGUGGUGGGGCCGCCGCCGCCGUCGUCGACUCGUCGCGGACGCGCUCGACGCAACCGCGGCCGCGCGGCAUAACGCCGUCGACUCCCGGCGAGGAUGCGACGGCUGCUGCCGGGGUGAGCGACAGCGGUGCCAGCUGUGUCGCGGCGAGCCCGGACAUGCGCCUCGAGGCGACCGUUGAUGCCGGGGAGGGCCCGGUUCCUAUCUCGAUUCAGAUGCCGAUCGUAAGCCCGGGUCCGGAGUCCCAAUCGGCGGUGGAGCUGCUUGGCAACGGGAGAAUGAGUCGAAUGAGGGGUGGACAACCGCCGGCCAAGGGCCUCCUCGAUAUCGUGAAACUGGUGGAGAUGCGCGGCAAACGGACCGAGGAGUGCGAGAGCGACAGCUCGGAGGAGCUACAGUACGGGCCCGGGAUCGUGCACAAGCUAAGGAGCAAGUACCUCAAUAUGACCCUCAGGGAGAUGAAUAAGAACGGGUCGUCGGGACACGGGUUCAGGAGGGCCACGAGCCUCGAGGAUCUGCUCGACCGUAACGAGGAGUCGGGGGAGAAAACGGGGAGACGCUACGCCAAGAAGAGCCCGACGGGGGCGGCGGCCAAGGUCGAGAGGUACAGGAACGCAGCCAGAGGGAACGAGUCCAUGAAGCGAGCCAGGAGCGUAGAGACCCUGAUGAGGUACAAUUCCGCCCUGGAGGAGGCCUCCCAGGAUCAUGGGAGCCGCUUCUCCGCGAAUGUCUUCAGGCAGGACAGCGAUCACAUUAUCCUAGUCGACAAGAGCAGCACGAGGAUUGAGAAUCGGUUUUUCGACAAGGACAGGCUAACUAAGCCCCUCAAUAAGCCCAAGAGAAUAAGGCCUGUGUUGGCAGAAACUGAGAGACCACCACCGGAUCUAGUCAAAACGACGAUGAGAAUCUUUGAGAGCUCCUCGAUCAAGAAGCUUAAGCCCAAGGGAGACGUCGCCGUGAAAGUGGCUACGUUUAAGACUAUUAACGACACUUUUAAGGCCCAGAACCAAAAGAAAAUUAUUCCAAAGCCACCUAUACAGCCAAAGCCAUUUGUCAAUGGCAAUUCCAAAAUCUCGCCUUCUCCCAGAAAGAUCAUAAUCUCAAGGAAGCCUACCGCCGAAUUAAUCGAGAUGCACAAUAGUCAGGAGUCUCGUCGUAACGAAGGUGUCAUUACAGAAUCCAUAGUACAAUCCGUCUCGUCUGUGGUCAGCAAGUUUCAGCAAAUUGAAAAGUCAUACUCGCCGUCUUCGUCGCCGGAGCCAACGUUUAAUAAAAUUAAAUUCUCACCAGUUGCGAGCCCCGAGCCCUCGGCUGUUAAACUAAAAGUGUCUUCUUUAGAUGUAAAGUCGCCUAUGAUGACACCAGUUCCAUCACCAAGGACCUCGCCGCCAAAGGCCCAGUCUCCUUUGUCUCCAAGGUCAGAGACUAUUAAGCAGCCUUCUAUGCUCGUUCAAAAGCCAAUUAUGAAUUCUACUCCCCUGUCGAAUAAAUUUGACCAGUCUGCCUUUGGUAUGCCUACGGAGAUACCUAAGGUUGAUUUCGAGCAGGAUAAAGACGAGCUUAACGACGAACAAACAAAGGACACGUUGGAGGUGAACAGCCAAAUUACGGACACGGUAAAUGACAGUUCCAAAUUAAGCGACACAUUGUCAUCUUCGGGAUCAUCUACUGUGCUAGUUGACAAUUUUGACGAGAGUAUAGAAACGGUGGACAAUCCUAGAACGGUUUCCAAAUCCGCUUUGGAUAAUAUUGGUAAGGCUGGAAUGACGGUUCAGUUCAGGUUCAACGAUCAUCCGUCUAUCAAGAGUUAUUUGCCUCGGUCCGCAUCUAAUCCUGAGCAAAUUAGAGAUAAAUCCGUAGAAAGUGAAAUUAUGCUGACAAAAUUAACAGAAGUCAGGGGUAAAUCCUAUUCGUUCGAGGCUGAAAGCGUACCCGCCAUCUCCGACAUUAUACCAAUUAACAAUGAAUCGCCUAAUAAUUUACACGAGCGUUUCGUGACUGAGCACACCGAAGAGACCAUCCAUAGAGACGAUCAUGCCUCAGUUAUUGAAAAUAAGCAAACCGGUGCUAUUUCAAAUUUAAGCCUUAUCAAAUCGACGAUGACAACUAGUUUUCCACAAGGUAACGAAACGAAAACAAUAAGAAGUCAAAAAUCUGACUCAAAUUCACCUCCACAAAAACAAAUAGGAAUUAUUCGACCUUUAGUCUCUACCAAAACUCAGCUACCCCAGCAGAAUCUUAGCAACAGAGAAAUUGAAAAGAAUCUGAUUAACAGAGUUAAGAGUAUCGAGCAGCCGUCAAAGGUAGUGGUGAGUUUGAAAAGUGCCGAGGAAAUACAGCCGGUGAAGAAGCACAAUUCCAGCGGCGGUCUUUGGGAUUCCAAGCCAUGGAACCAGCAAAACAACACGAUGGUCUUCAAUUUCAGCAACAGAAAAGAUGUUCCAGAUUACAUAGAGAACGAUGGUUUAAUAAUCAAGAGGAAGCGAGAGAAGCCAAGGAGCAGUAGCAACAGCGGCGUCAUCGUAUCCAACAUCGACUCCAUUCAAUUGACCGACGACUCGGAUACCGAGGCUUCCGACAGUCCGCCCUCGCCUUGCAAUAUCGCCUUCUGCAACGACAACGUACUCAUCAACGGACGCAGUAACCUCUCGAGGACUCCACGGAACCACAAGCAUCGGAUCCAAUUUGACGACACGGCCACGUGCACCUACGAAUAUCCGAGCGAGGCCUCGAUGCUCGAGGUCGAUGCCAGCGGCACCAGCAGCGACGAUGGUGAAACUUCCGCUUCCGGCGACACCGGGGCCGCAGGGGCCGGAGGUGCCUCUUCUACCGCUCGCUCCACCGGUACUUUGCCCUCUCUACUCGGUGGAGGUGGUUUGGCAAGUUAUACACCGAGUAAAGUCGACUUGGCGUCCGAGGGUUUCGAACUCGGUGUAACGCGAGCCAACACUUCUACAUUGACUUCGUCACAAUCAACGGCGAUAUUAACUCAGCAGCAGCAGCAGCAGCAGCAGCCAAAUGUCAACGCGGUUGACUAUUCGAAACCCUCCCAGGAUACAGGCACUUGGGGGCAAGAAACGGCAGCGGACAUACUAUACUAAAUAUAUACUCAACCACCCAUUCUUCUAUUCCUUCUCCAUCU